AUGUUUUACACCACUGUAAGCUGCAACGACAACAACAAACCUUGACUAACACUUGACCACUAAGGCCAAGGAGGUGGUUAGAUUUAAGCAACAUGGAAAUGAAGCUUUAAACCCAAAAGUCCAUUUUGUUGUGAAUUGCAUUCGGGGGCGGACGCUGACUGUAUUGUAAUCUGAAAGUCACAUGAAGUAGUGGGUGUGACAUUUUCAAGAUUCAUUGAGAAGUAGGAAGAUUCAACCUGACAUAAGCAGAAGUGUGCUAAAUCACAUUCAGGAAGCUGUUGGAGAACUGAUGAGAGAAAAUGUUGAGGCUCUGCGUGUGGCUCACAUUUGGGGCCUUUGUGUCCGGUAACAUCACAUGUCCUGACAAAACCGUUUGCUCUGACCACACAACCUGCUGUCCGACCGAGCAGGGCGACAGCUGCUGUGGUUACCCCAAUGCUGUGUGCUGCCCCGACUUGUCCCACUGCUGCCCUCGAGGGUUUCGUUGUAACAUGGCCUCCCACCAGUGUGAUAAACUCACUAAGUCACGGAUGGACUUUCCAUUUCUGCUAAAAAUAGCUGCUGGUGAACCUCUUGUCGCCCCACUUCGACCAAUGUCGCACCCCAAUAACAAGGAAAAGACGCAUGUACCAGCUGCAGUAGACACCAGUGGGAGCAAGCAGGAGUUUGGAGUCAUUCGCUGCAAUUCGAAGUUCUUCUGCCCACAAAGCACAUCUUGCUGCAAAGGAUUGUCAUCAGAAUCCUGGAAUUGCUGUCCUUACCCACUGGGCCAGUGUUGUGCGGAUGGUCAGCACUGCUGUAAAUAUGGAUACACAUGCAAUAUCUGCCCCUUAUCAUGUAGCAGACGAAACCUCAUGGGUCCAUCUGCAACAUGGAUACAAGAACAUGCUCAAAAUGGCUGAUGACACUUUGUUAUUACGGUUCUCAUUUACAGUGUACUUUUCAAUGAACAUACGUGAUAAAUUUUAAAAGAAUGAAAUACAAAUGUGAAAUGAGUCUUCUCCA